CUCACCACUUGGUGUCGCUGUCGAGGAAUCAUGUCGGUAUUGUGAAUGAGUAGGCUCUUGCCCCCUUGUUUGAAAUUUGGCUAGCCAACAUGGCGGACGAGCUGGAUGUCGUUGAUAUCGAAGGAGACGAAUAUGAUCCUGAUUUAGGGGACUUCGGUGACGGAGAAGCGCUACUCCAGAACCAGUACAUGCAGUCAGCAUGGAAGACCAAUACUGGCGUCCUACCGUGGGAACUGGACCGCUCCAUCAGUGCAGAGAACAGAGAAGUGAUCGAGAACAUGUUGAUGGAGGAGCAGUAUUAUCUGACAGGUGAAGAGAUGCCUGAGAGUGUGUGGGCCAACGCUCCACCUAACCCUAAACCCAAAUUGAAGAGGUCUCCAGCCAAGUCCUCCGCUUCAGGCUCCUCGACAGCCACUCGCUGGUCUGAGCAGGAGAAGGUGCUGUUUGAGACAGGACUGGCUCAGUUUGGCCGUAGAUGGACUAAGAUCUCCAAGCUGGUAGGCAGCCGGACCGUUUUCCAGGUGAAGAGCUACGCCAGACAGUACUUCAAACACAAGGCUAAAUCAGAGGGCAAUACUACUGUGGCGCCUCCUACAGCUCCGGUGGUGUUAGGCCAUGUCCCAGAGACAGGCUCAGCAUUUUCCACCUCUGGACUGUCUGUCCCCAGCCACCUGUCAGCUCUGACCAACGUUGUCCGGAUAGAGAGACUGGGUGACGAAGAGGAGGAAGAGGUGGACAUCACUGAUGACCUCAGCGAUGAGGGAGGGAGUGGAGGAGGGGUUGGAGUGAUAGGAGAAGAAAAUGGACGAGAAAACAGAAGGAUUGAGGGGAAGGGAGAGGACCUUCAGGUAGGAGUUCAUACUGAGACAUGUGAGCCUGGAGCCCCAGAGGAGCUGGACAACCAGGGAGAGACCCACCAGGACCUAUCCAACCAGACACUCCCCAGCCUGGGAGAGACUGAUCAGGAGCAGCCUAACUGUAGCACUCCAUCCUCCCUCACAGCCCCCUGCCUAGCAGAGCAGGCCAGCGGACAGUGUGAGGGGGGCACUGCUGAGCCCCAGAGGGACCCAGUAGAGUCUGGAGAGGAGACAGGGGGGUCUAGGUGGACAGAGGCAAGGGAGGGGGAGGAGUCUGAAGAGGAAGAGGAGGAGCUUAAAUACCCAGAGCAGGAAGUGGAGCUGGACCCGGCAACCAUCACAGAGGAGGAGAAACAAGCUAUCCCAGAAUUCUUUGAGGGACGACCAUCCAAAACCCCAGGGAGAUAUCUGAGGAUCAGGAACUACAUCCUGGACCAAUGGUUGAAGAGUAAGCCCAGGUACUUGAACAAGACGUCAGUGCGUCCUGGCCUGAAGAACUGUGGAGAUGUCAACUGUAUUGGCAGAAUACACACCUACCUGGAGUUGAUAGGCGCCAUCAACUUCAACUGUGACCAGGCGGUUUAUAACCGUCCCCGGAUGGUGGAUCGGUCCAAACCCAGAGACAGCAGAGACACUCUGGAAUACCAACUGGCACAGAGACUACAGAGCAUGCGAACCAGGAAGCGUCGUGUGAGGGACGUGUGGGGGAGAUGGCGUGAUGCUAAAGACCUGGAGGGACAGACAUACGAGCAUCUGAGUGCAGAGGAGCUAGCCCUGAGGAGAGAGGAGAUGAGACGGCAAUCUAAACCCUGUAAAGUUUCCAGGCACAGAAGGUUGUUGGAUCCGUUCCAGUUGAUUCCGUGCCGUGUGUUUGGAGAGGACAGACCGGAGCCAUUCCAGGUGAUAGUGUGUGCUGAGGCUCUCCUCGUCAUGGACAUGCAUGCUCAUGUGUCGAUGGGAGAGGUUAUCGGCCUACUGGGAGGAGCUUACAGCGAGGAGGACAAAGUCCUAAAGAUCUUUGCAGCGGAGCCUUGUAACAGUGUGAGUACAGGUCUGCAGUGUGAGAUGGACCCGUUGUCUCAGACCCAGGCCUGUGAGAUGUUGUCUAGCCUGGGCUUGGCUGUAGUGGGAUGGUACCACUCUCACCCCACCUUCCACCCUAACCCCUCUCUACGGGAUAUACACACACAGGACCAAUUCCAGGUACAUAUAGCUGUGUGUGCAUGUAACUGUGUGUGUGCACACGUGUUUUCUGACUCUGCCACUCCUCUCUCUCAGAGUUAUUUCUCUCGAGGCGGAGCCCCCUUUAUUGGGAUGAUCGUGAGUCCGUUUGACCCCGCUAACCCCUCCCCACAUUCCCAGACCACCUGCCUGAUGGUCAGAGAGGACCAAGGACCUACAGGACCACAGAAGCUGCCCUACAGGUUUGACUACCAGUGUUCCCAGCAGCAGCCUGACUGGGGCCAGCUGAUGAGGAGGGCAGAGUGGAUCAUCUGCAAAUAUAAACAUGCCCACGGCAGUGUCCAGAUGGACAAGCUGUUCCGCAGGGACUCUCAUCUGACCUGUCUGGAGAAGAUGAUGGCAUCUUUAGGGAGAUAUCUGGAGCCCCUGCCAGAGGAGGGAGAUCCCUUCCUUUCCCAGAUCCAUGCUCUCUUCCAGUCUCACUUUGUUUCCGAGCAACCCAGAGACCAGGAUGAGAGCGGAACCUCUGGCUCCCCAGAGCCAAUCAACACCCAUGCCUUCCCCUUCGCUCAGCCAAUCAACGUCAACUUAACAGGAGACACAGGAACACAGGAAAACUGGGAGAAUGAAUCGGUCUCUCCAACUGAUAAUUUAGAAACGCCUAAUAUCAAAACUAUUAACUCACACACAGCUAAAGAAGAGAUCUCACAUCCAAUACGGUUUGGUUCUGUGUUGUUGACUGGUCAUGAUUAUCUAUUCUGAAUCUAGUAGGUUUCUUUAUGUAUCCAGUUCUCAGUGUUUUAGGUUCAUUAGUAGGCGCACUUGAUUUAGCUCGACUGCAGCUCUCGAGAACACGAGGGGGCUUGCAUCCAGUCCCCUUCUUGGGUUCUCAGCUGAUGGUAUGGAGUACAGCUGGCUCCAUGUGAACUACAUUCCCGACUAUCUGUUUUAACAUUUAGAAACGUUAAUAAUCCUUGCAAUACGGUUUUGGAAACAUUUGGAACUCAACUUUCAGUAACAGCGAGACCGAAUCCAUAAAAUACGAAAGAUACGAUUACUGUACGCAGUUUAGCAAAGUUUCACUAACUGAAGCACAGUCUCCAGAUUCUGUCUCGUUCAUAUGAAAGUUAAGUUGUAAAUAUUUGCUAAACAUUAUUCCGUGCGAGGCGUAUUUGCUUGUAGGCAGCAUUUGGACAGCGUUGGGGAAUUUGCCUCACAAAGAUAAAGGGGACAUCCAAUGGCUCAAUGUAAUGCAAUGGAAUUGGUGUCAUGAAUAAGGGUUAUCUCAACUGGUGCACUAGGUGGAGUUUUUUUUCCAAAAGGGAAAACUCUGCCUGCCUGUGGUUGCACCUGGCUAGCUAAAUCAAGUGUGCCUACUGUUUUAUAUGGCUUUAGGCUGUAUUGAAUUAACAAAACCAUUUCUCGAACAAGUGAUGUAGCAAUAUCACAUUUUAAAUGUUAUUUUUCAUAGCAUAUGUAUUGUAGGUUAUACCAAUCCACCUUUCAAAUAAAAGGAUUGAAAGUCAAA